GACAGUGCUGGAACAAAUAAUUUUUUACGUGACCAAGUGCAUAUUUUUCACAUGGCAUGUUAACAAAAGACAACAUGUAUUAUGUAUCGAAUUUAUUAAUCAUCGCGAUUAAUUUUUUAUUAAUUGCCGCACAAAACGACACGAAUACACAAAACGACACAAUAGAAAACCCAUCUCCAACCUCAUUUUCACUUCCAUCUCAAUUUGCACCCACAACUUCAACUUCAACUUUACCUACGCCUACACGGGAUCCAAAUGAAAUAUACAAUACAAAACCGGAAAGAAAAAGUGUUAAUGAAGAGUUUAGCCGAAAGUUAACCGAUUGGUUAUUUACUGGAUGUUGGAGUGAAAAGUAUCAUCAGUCGAAUGAGUGCCCACAGUAUCGCGCUGCAAACGAAUAUCCUGGUUACGAUGGAUGGAACAAUAAUAUUGGUAGACCAAAACUUGGAGCGGUUGACACGCCGUUACUAAGAAGACGGCCAGCAGCUUAUGAAGAUGGAGUGUAUAAACCUUCGGGUUCUAAUAGACCAGAACCAUUAGAGAUAAGUGAGAAGCUGCUGAGUGGAAAAAUUGGAACUAAAUCAAAAACGGGAAAAAACGCUUUACUCGUAUUUUUUGGUCAACAAGUGGUGGAGGAAAUUUUGGAUGCUCAGAGACCAGCGUGCCCGCCAGAGUAUAUCAACAUAAACAUUCCGGAAAAUCAUCGAUACAGAGAUAAACUAGAACACACGACAAUGCCUGUUUUGCGUACACGGUAUGAUCAUCGAACGGGUCAUUCGCCGAAUAAUCCUCGUCAACAGCUGAACGAGAUUACACCAUUCUUAGACGGCGGAGUAAUUUACGGCACAUCCAAAGCUUGGUCGGACCUUUUGCGCACAAAUGCCGACGGAACGUUGGAGCCGAACGGCCAACUUGCAACGGCGUACUUCGGCAAUUAUCCCGCUUUCAACGAUAUCCGUUUGCCAAUGGCCAAUCCACCGCCGCCUAAUCAUCAUGAUGAAUAUAUUUCGCAACACCGCACUGAGAACGUCACUAGAUAUUUCAGAUUGGGAAAUCCACGCGGCAAUGAAAAUCCGUUUCUGCUGACUUUCGGAGUGGUGUGGUUCAGAUGGCACAAUGUCCUGGCAUCCGCUGUCAAGCGACACAAUCCAAAGUGGUCGAGCGAGAAGAUUUACAACGAGGCUCGUAAAUGGGUGAUAGCGACUCAACAGCACAUUGUCGUUAACGAAUGGUUGCUUUCAUGGUUAGGGAAGAAAACUGACUUUCCUGCCUACAACGGUUACAAUCCCAAUAUCGAUCCGCAAAUAGAGCAAUUCUUUCAAUCAGCCGCCUUUCGCUUCGGACACACUUUGGUUCCACCAGGUGUGUAUCGACGCGACUACGGGAGAAAUAAUUGUACCUUGGAAUAUCCGGUUAGAACGUGCAAUAAUUAUUGGAUGUCGCAGAAUUCCGUCUACGCCAAUUUGAAAGCACAGAAAUUUGAAGUUGAAAAACUACUAAUGGGAAUGGCUAUACAAUUAUGCGAAAAGGAGGAUCAUAAGAUCGUUGAAGAUCUGCAACGCAGUUUAUUCGGUCCAUUGGAAUUUUCAAGAAGAGAUUUAAUGGCGCUGAACAUUCAGAGAGGACGCGAUCACGGAGUACCCGAUUACAAUAGCGCACGUCGUGCGUACAAUUUGCACACCGUUAAAAAUGAAUCCCACUUUAUUAAUGUGGAUGAAGAGAGCCGAAAGGAGUUUCUCAGACUGUAUAACAACUCAUUCGAUGACGUGGAUGUCUGGGUAGGCGGAAUAUUGGAGACUGGCGAUGGGCCUGGAGAGCUGUUUGCAAAGAUCAUCAGUGAUCAAUUUCAGCGAAUACGCGACGGUGAUAGAUUUUGGUACAAGAAUUUCGACAAUAAACUUUUUAAUGAAAUGGAAGCUAAAAGACUAGAAGACCUAACAUUUUAUGAUGUGUUAAUGAGUGUCACUGAAAUGGACUGGAAUGAUAUUCCACGUGAUCCUUUCAGAGUUCCUGCGGGAGAAAAUGAUAUACAUCCCAACUGUACUAUUAAUAACAUUGUUAAAGAAGGCAAUUGUACAAAAAAUAUUAUUUGUUUUCAUGCUGACCAAAUAAAUGAGCAUAACAUCGAAAAUUGCACGUUGAAACCUGGAACUUAUGACUUUUUCUCUAAUAGCGGUUUGUCUUUCACUGCGACAGUUUUAGGUGUAUUCACAUUUCUCUGCGGUUUAAUUAUACUGAUCUCAUGUAAAAUACAAUUCAAAGAUAAGAAGCCAAUGAAAGAAAAUUUCGGGAGAACAGAUAGGAGUGAUAAUACAUUAGAUAUUAUAUAUACUGAGUAUGACGCUAGCGAAUGGCAAGAUGUAAAUGCUCCAUUGAGACAUGUAAUAUUAAUGCUAAAUGUUAGAAGGAAGCAACUGGAAGUGAAAAAUCGAUUGGGACAUUUGAUACGCGCAGUGGAAUUUCCACCCAAUAGCAACGUUAUGGUUUAUUGCGCGCACGAUAGCCAUUACAUGUUGAUUCGCGUACAUCACAGUUACGAUUUAGUGCUAAAGUUCGAUUCCGAAUUUUUGAGAGACACGUUUAUAAAAGCAUUUGAGAGAUUUAUAACAGAAAUUAAAACAACGUCUGGGAUUACAUGCUCCGUGCAAAUGAUGAUGAACAACACAAAGAAGUCGCUACUUAAGCUAGCAAUAACCAAACGGCAUCGUCAGAAAAAAUUAGAAAUGUUCUUCCGCGUUGUAUUCGCACAGGCGUUUCAUAUUACACAUGCAGAAGAAGAAAUCUUACAAAUAGAUGCGAGAGUGGCAAGAGAAGUAAUUUACACCGAGAUAACCAUCAUAGAAUUUGCGGAAGCCCUAAGCAUGAGGCCGGAUGCGGAGUUCGUAAAGAAGAUAUUUAAUCUAGUGGAUAAAGAUAAAAAUGGCUUUAUAUCGUUUCGGGAGUUCGUCGAUAUGUUGGUGAUAUUUCUGAAGGGCUCUGCUGAAGAAAAAAUGAAGUUGAUGUUUGAUAUGUAUGAUAUCAAUGGCACCGGAAGACUUAAGAGAGAGGAAUUCUCAAAUAUGUUGAGAUCAUUCAUGGAGACUGGCAAUGCUGACAUAGCAGACAAUGAGUUGGAAUCUUUAGUACAAUCCAUGAUGUAUCAUGCUGACUUAGCGAACAAAGAAACUAUAAAUUUACAGGAUUUUCAGCAAAUAUUAAGCGACUUUAAUGAUAAAUUUCAUUAUGUGGAGUUAGAAUUCAACAUGCCUAGUGACGGAAAGAACAAUAGGAAACUUCAUGCAGGCGUGAAGACCGUUAGAUCGACGUUUAUUGGCGAAGUGCAAAGCACGGUCGAAAGUCUGUAUACCGAUCCAAGCGAAUUAAAAUCCAGAAUUGAAGGCAAAAUUGAGACCGAACAAGAUGCGACGGAUGAUAGUAACGAAAUUUUCGUCAAAGACGAAAAAAAAAUUGUCGAAGACAUGAAGAAACACUCGGACUAUUGGUAUCCUAUAAUGAAAUAUCUCGCCAACAAACGACUGCAAAUAUUCUGGGCGUGUUUGUAUACUUUGUUUUUGCUUGGAAUUUUCGGAGAACGAGUGUAUUAUCAUCACAUAGAACGAGAACAUUCUGGCUUGAGACAGAUAUUAGGUUGCGGCCUGACUAUAACGCGAGGCGCGGCGUCGGCUAUGAUGUUCACUUAUUCCACAUUAUUAAUUAUGAUGUGUCACAAUACUAUCACUGCUCUGAGAACUACGGUUUUGCAAUUUUACAUACCGUUCAAUUCGGUGAUUAAAAUGCACAAGUAUAUCGCUUGCUGGGCGCUGAUCUUUACCGUGUUACAUGUAAUCGGACAUGGCUUCAACUUCUAUUAUAUAUCUACGCAAAGUGCUGACGAUCUAACAUGUUUGUUUCGCAAUUAUUUCCACGCGACACAUGAACUUCCCAAAUUUCAUUAUUGGUGUUGGGGUACAAUGGCAGGUGUAACGGGAAUACUUUUAACAAUUGUAACCGGAUCGAUAUUCAUAUGUUCAUUGCCAAUGGUACGAAAAUCAUUCUACAAUUGGUUCUCUUUUGUUCACUCCUUAUAUCUAGUUUUCUACAUACUCAUGAUUUUACACGGCAGUGGAAGACUAGUACAAGAACCAUUUCAUUAUUUCUUUUUGGGACCAGCUAUUCUAUUUAUUCUCGAUAAAGUCAUAACUUUGACUAGGAAAACAAUAGAGAUACCAUUGCUCAAAGCAGAAAUCUUACCAUCAGAUGUAACAUGGAUAACAUUUCCAAAACCUUUAAAUUUUCAAUAUAAAUCUGGUCAGUGGAUUAGAAUAGCAUGUCCAGCAUUACAAACAAAUGAGUAUCAUCCAUUUACUUUAUCUUCUGCACCACACGAAACAAGUUUAAGUGUACAUAUACGGACAAUUGGACCGUGGACGACAAACAUUAGAGAAAAAUUAGAGCAGUGUAUAAUGUCUAAUGAAAGUCUGCCAGUGAUUCACAUAGAUGGUCCAUAUGGAGAAAGUCAUCAAGAUUGGGACAAAUACGAAGUGGCAAUCAUGGUUGGUGGUGGAAUAGGUGUUACACCUUUUGCAUCAAUACUCAAAGAUGUUGUUUACAAGUCAAACUGCAAUGUAAACUUUGGUUGCAAGAAGAUAUAUUUCCUUUGGGUAACAAGAACGCAGAAGCAAUUUGAAUGGCUGGUUGAUGUGUUAAGAGAGGCCGAAAAAGCAGAUGUUAACAACACAGUGUCGAUUCAUAUUUUUGUUACUCAAUUUUAUCAAAAAUUUGACCUACGUACAAUACUUUUGUACAUUUGCGAACGGCAUUUUCAAAAGAUUUCAAAUAAGUCUCUAUUCACUGGACUGAAGGCAGUGACACAUUUUGGACGCCCAAAGUUUCCUCAGUUUUUUAUGUCUAUACAAAAGUUGUAUCCUACUACAAACAAGAUUGGUGUUUUCAGUUGUGGCACACCAGCUUUGACGCAAGAAGUAGAUGAAGCUUGCAAAGCAAUAAAUUUGUCAGAAAUGUAUGAUACAUUAUUCCAACAUCAUUAUAAGAGCUUUUAAGUUUAUAAAUCUUUAGUAUUAGAUUACAUUUUUUGUGAAGGCUUAAUUGCUUCAUAUUAAUAAGAAUUUUAAUUAUUUUAUUUGUAUA